AUGUCGUUCAUCUGUUUUUCCCGGUUUAGAGCUAUUCGUGUUCAUCGAUGGACUCCAAAUAAUCUUGACUCAAAUUCACGAUCAUUUUGUCAUCGUAAUAUAGCAUUGCUAGCCUUUCCUGAAGGUCCACCGUUACUAGAUGGACAUUAUAUAGCUAUAUGGGAAGAUAAAGGCAUAGCAGAAGUCAAUGAUGAAGACAACGAUGAUCCUCUCAGUACUAUUACAAACAAUAAUACUUAA